ACAACCGAUCGGAGUCUUACAUGAAACAAAAACAGUGAAGAAAAUGUCGUAUUCCCUAGAAGAAUUUAAAGGCUCCCCGUUUCUCGGAGACGAAAUGAACGAAUUGCUGAGCUCACAAUUUACGGUGGUGACUGCAAGCGAAAAAUUCAUAUCGGAAUUACCAGAAUGUCUGAGUAAUUUAAAAGAAAGUGUGAAAUUAAAACCGUGUAUUGUGCUUAAAGAAAUAUGCGAGUUGUUCAUGGAGGCGAUUUUGGAUUUUGAUAUCCGAUCUGACGAUGUUUUUGUGUGUUCGUUACCGAAAUGUGGUUCUAGUUGGAUGCAAACAAUUGUUUGGUUGCUCACACAUGACUUGAAUUAUGAAGCCAUCAAAAAGAUAAAUCGAUCGAAUCAAGUGGGUGACUUUGACGAACUGCUCAAUGGAUCUGCAGCCAAAGAAAUAUCCGCAAAAUUAUUGGCGGAUAAUAAAUCAUUGAGCGAAAGUGAUGCACUAAAAAUGGGAUGGAAUGAAGUUUUCAAGUUGUUGGAUGAACCGCGUGUUAUCAAAACUCAUUAUCCAGCCUAUUUUCUUCCAAGACAAAUUUGGUCGAAAGGAGCGAGAGUCAUUUAUGUGGUUCGCAAUCCGAAAGAUAUGGCCGUCUCAUUGUAUUACAUGCUGCGAAACUUUUUUCUCGCCGAUAUCACGAUCGAUGAUAUCGUCAACGGUUUUACGAAUGAGACUUGUUGUUACUCUCCACAUAUAGAUCACGCACUCGAGUUUUGGAGACUAAGGCACUUACCGAACGUUUUAUUCGUGGCUUAUGAGGAUGCGGUAAACCAUUCGUUUAAAACUAUCAAAAAAGUAAGCGAGUUUCUGAACUGUAGUUACUCUGACGAGCAAUUGAACGAGUUGACGGAGUUUGUGUCGUUUGGUAACAUGAAGAAAAUACAAUCAAUCAACAGAGAAGCGGACGUAGCUGAAAUGGAACGUUUACGUGGCAAAAAACGUCCCGAUGCGGAGUUCACGUUCCUGCGUAAAGGGAAGCCAGGUGGAUAUGGCGAUGACUUGAGUGCCGAACAUAUAAAAAAACUUGACAGUUGGAUUGAAACUGAGCUCCACGGAACUGAUUUCGAAUUCAACAUGGGAAAAAAAUCAUGAUUUCAGUAACCAACGAAAUUAAGCUUUUAGCCAAAUGAGUAAGUUUUUUGUAAUUUUGAAAAAAAAGAGAAAUGUACGUUUUUGUCAUACGAUCAAUAAUAAUAAA